CGGGAGGCGGGGCUUAGGCAGGAAUAUGGAUAUUGAAUGAAGCUGAGCGCUUUUCAAAAUGGCGGCGCCCGCAGCAGAGAGCGGCCCAUGUGACUGUAAAUCCGACAUGGCAGCUGUUAAAGCGGUUUCCUCGGCUUUCCCGCUUGCUCUCCGGAUUGUAGCGGAGUGUCCGGUGAGCAAGGCCCGGGCGUGUGUGCUCAGUCUUCCCCACGGCAGCGUUAACACGCCGGUGUUCAUGCCGGUGGGCACGCAGGGCACCAUGAAGGGAAUCACCGCGGAGCAGCUGGAACAGCUGGACUGUCACAUCUGUCUCGGGAACACGUAUCACCUGGGCAUGAGGCCGGGUCCUGAGCUGAUCGAGAAAGCCGACGGCCUGCACGGAUUCAUGAACUGGAAACGAAACCUCCUGACAGACAGCGGAGGUUUUCAGAUGGUGUCACUGGUGGAGCUGUCUGAGGUGACGGAGGAGGGAGUUCUGUUCCGCUCACCGUACGACGGAAAGGAGAUCCUGCUCACCCCUGAGCAGUCCAUCGGCAUACAGAACAGCCUCGGCUCGGACAUCAUGAUGCAGCUGGACGACGUGGUCAGCAGCACGGUAACGGGGCCGAGGGUGGAGGAAGCCAUGCGUCGCUCCGUGCGUUGGCUGGACCGCUGCAUCACAGCCAAUAAAAAUCCACAUCGCCAAAAUCUGUUCGCCAUCAUUCAGGGGGGCCUUAAUGCAGAGCUGCGGAGGGCGUGUUUGGAUGAGAUGACGAAGAGAGACGUGCCCGGCUUUGCCAUCGGUGGUCUGAGCGGCGGAGAGGAGAAGGAUGACUUCUGGAAGAUGGUGACUCUCAGCACAGACCACCUGCCCAGAGAGAAGCCUCGCUACCUGAUGGGAGUUGGCUACGCCGUGGACCUGGUGGUGUGUGUCGCUCUGGGCUGUGACAUGUUCGACUGCGUUUUCCCGACUCGCACAGCUAGAUUUGGCUCGGCCCUGGUUCCCUGGGGAUCUCUGCAGAUCAAACAGAAACAGUACGCGAAGGACUUCCAGCCCAUAGACCCCGACUGCGAGUGUCCCACCUGCAAGAGACACAGUCGAGCGUAUCUGCACGCGCUGUUUAAGAGCGACACCGCCGCCAUGCACCACAUCACCAUCCACAACAUCUCCUACCAGCUGACUCUGAUGCGUUCGGUGCGGCAGAGCAUCAUCGAGCAGCGCUUCCCUGAGUUUGUGCGCGGCUUCAUGAGGAGGAUGUUCCCCUGCGGUGAGCCGUACCCGAGCUGGGCCGUGGACGCUCUCGCAUCGGUCAGCAUCACUCUGGACUGAAAAGACGUUCAGGAUGAGCUCUACGCUAUCGCUCAGAAUGAUGGAAGUGUGUCAGUUUGCUUUUUUUAUGCAAAUUUUCAUGCUUCUCUUUUGAGGCGAAUGUUUUUCAGCUCAUGGACUUCUCCUUUCCAGCCUUUACAUCUGUCCAGAUGUUCACUUUGGUCCUAUUUCAGUGGCCUCAAGACUGAUUUUUUUAUUUAUUUUUUUUAUCUCAACAUUGUUUGUUUUUAACCGGUGUACUCAACACUGGGGAAUUCUUUUCUAUUGUUGCUGUAUUUAUUUUAACUGAAUGAACCUUUUAUCUCUCCCGCUGGCUGCAAAGCCAUUGUGUGUUUUUAAAAACCGUAACAACCAGGAAAUUUGCGCUUUAUCUUCUUUUCCCGCUUGAGUCGGAUCUCAUUCAUCCUGUAGCCAUGGCUUUUAGUUUAACAAACACACACACACACACACUUGGUGCAUUGGUUAGGCUAUUCAUCACAUUAGAUAGAGUAUUAGGAGAAACUGAGAAUGUUUUUCUGAUUUUUCUAAUAUCCAGCAUUGUAUAUUACAUUAUUUUGUUUAAAUCAGUGUUUGCCAAUCCACUCAUCAGGGAUUCAGUCACAGUUGUAUUUUUACUCUAUUUACAGCUUCUCUUGAAGCAGAUGUUCAAGAUAUGGCCUGAGGAGGCAUUACUGAUUUAUACAAACCAAAGCUGAUCUGGAGAAUCAGAUGAACAAAGUGCUGCUCUACUUCAAUUGGCCACUAGAGUGCAGGAUGGAGAACAGGGCCUGCGUUAUUGGCUGUGUCCCAAACCACAUCCUGCAUUAUUAUGUAGUACAAUAUUAAGACACCAUAUGGUGUAAUAUUCUCACAUGUCCAACAUUUGCUAUUCAUUAAUCUACUGUAAUAUAAUUCAUCAUUUAAUAUUUUUCACUGAGACUGAAAUGAAUUUUGUAUUCUUAUUAGCCGUGUUAUGUAACAUUAACAGGUAAUUAGUACUAUUAGUUUUAUUAACUAAUAACUUUGGCUUUUAUCUUGGACAUAAAUUGUUUGCUGGUGAGUUUUAUGGAAUAAAGGAAUUGUAAAAUAAUGAAGUUUUUUCCAUUUCAGAUCUUAAAUAUCAUAACAGUGUUUCCAAUGUUAGAGUAAAAAUAAGAGGUUAAAAACUAUUUUGAAUAAAUCUUGUCCCAAAUGUCAUUUCAUUGUAAACAUUGUGUACCACGCUGCAAGCAUUUAUCAUUUAUAUUAUUAGUGUGUGUGUGUGUACAUAAUAUUUCAUAAAAAUAAUUCUCCUGAUAA